AUGCUUCUCGAGGUGUGCCAUAAAACCAAUCCAGAUGUCUAUUGGAUAGCUGAAAUUACAAUGGUUUGCGGUCACCUUCUUCGAAUCAAAUUCAUCGGGGCUGACACAGAUUUCUGGUGCGACAUAUCGAACACCAAAGUGCACCCGUUAGGUUGGUGUGGGAAGUACGACGAGCUGGUGGAGCCGCCCGAUGAAAUCAAUGAGAAAUGCGGCGACACGAUUAUAGAAAUCAUGAAGAAGGCACUGCUUGUCGGACAGUCCGUGUCCAUCGAAGCCUUGAACAAUAAAGGCAUGUCCCCAAUCGACAGGAUAAAGGUCGGAAUGAAAGUAGAGAUUCAGAACGUCAUCGACCCUUACCGAUAUUGGAUUGCCACAGUGAGUGAGAAUGUAGGCGGUCGAUUGUUGCUGCGGUACGACGGCGCCGACGAUGGCCUGCAACCGUUCUGGAUAUUUUUCUCCAACCCGCGUCUUAGCAGCUUCGGCUAUGUCACAAACAAGGGCUCUCCAUGGCAGUUCAAGUACCCAGGCAAGGUGAACAAGUUUUCAUGCAAGAACAAGUUGAGCGCACAACUGCGACAAAGCGCCGAGGAGUCUAUUAAGGAACCAACUCCAGCAGAUCUCUUUCAGCCAACCCCCACCCAAGAAGCACAUAGCUUCGUCAGCGGCAUGAAACUGGAAGCGCUCAGUCCGAAUGACAUGAAAUCUAUCCGGCCUGCCACAGUCGCCACUGUCUUCAACAACCUCCACUUCCUCGUAGUCAUAGACGACAAUUUGGAUGACUAUGAAGACACAAAAAUGGCGUGGCUCUGUGAUAACAUGCACCCAUACAUCUUUCCAAUAGGAUGGGCUCAGAAACAUUCCUUCGCUUUUAAGCAGCCCAAAGUCUGGAAAGACGGCCCUUUCGAUUGGGACGAGUAUCUAUCCAUGACGUCUUCAGUGCCGGCACCGGACUACUGCUUUGGGCACAAAGAACCCUUGAAGGGUAUAGAAGUAAACAUGAAACUAGAAGCGGUAAAUCCUUUGAACCAUGAAGAGAUACAUGUGGCUACAAUAACUUCAAUCGUAGAGCAUAUGAUGUGCGUUGAGUUGAUACCGAUCGGGGAGAAGUUUUGGUAUGCGCAGACCAGUGACCUAUUAUUCCCUGUGGGCUGGUGCGAUACGAACAAUUAUGAAUUGCAUAUACCCGACACUACAAAUAAGGAGCCGCAAAAGACUGAAGAAGUAAAGAUUGUGAAGGAAGAUAUAACGAAUUCUAAUGAAUGGUGUGAUCGGAUAUAUUUCAAUUACAAAUGCUAUGCUGGGCCAUCCAUAAGCCGGAACAAACUGUCGCAGUUACCGAAGCACGUGGGCCCCGGUCCAUUGACUCUAGUAUUGAAGGAGGUCUUGAACAAGAUCAUUUCAGCUUCAUAUAAGCCGGCGAAGAUAUUAAAAGAUUGGGAGACUGAGGGGCCGCCUGAGGAAGGCAUGAAACUGGAGCUACUGCGGGCAAAACUGAAGACGAGUACGUAUCACGCGUACGUGGCGAUCGUGAAGGACCGAGAGCGCGUGGCGGCGUUCUGCCGCGCGGUGUGCGUGCGCCUGCAGGCCUGCCCCAGCCUGUUCGGACCCAGCGAGUUCCCGCACGCCUGCCCCAACAACUGCCAGCAAGUCGAGAAGUCCACCUUCCAUAAUGGUACGGAACGUCGUGGCAGACCGAAAGGUAGCUUAAAUGGUAGGAAGAAAAAGAAAAAAACUGCUCCGGAAAAACGCGAGAAAGAACAUCAACCGUCGCAAGAAAGCGAAGGUAAUAGAGACGGAGAGUCGGUUGAGAGCGAACAUAGCGCAGGUUCCACACCGCCGUCUGAAUCUGGAACUAGACCAAACUCUCCAGACAGCAUGACUGAUUAUAAAAGAAGCAAUAGGAGGAAACGUGAAGCUAAAAGCAGUUACCCAAAAAUGGAAAUGAAAACGCGAGGAGCCAAACUCCCUAACUUCGCACUUCAAAUGAAGGAAGCGCAUUGGAAUAGGAAAGAUGUUGAAACAAUCUAUAGCAACUCUUGCGUAACCAAGAAACAAAAUUGUCAGGACAGCGACACAGAAAACGACACCAACGAAAGUAGCUGUAACUCGAGAGAUGUCAAAAAUAUUUCUGAUGUAUCGGAUUCCGAGGAACCUGAGUUGAAGAAACUGAAAUUCAAUUCAUAUGAUCCUCUACCAUCUGAUAAUAAAAUGUUCGAAAAAGAGACAGCCACGUCAUGGAUAAAGUGCAAAAAUAAACUCGCCCCGAAUCCUCUGGACUGGAGUGUAGACGAUGUUUAUACAUAUUUAAGUAGCACAGAAGACUGUAAGCUCAUAGCCGAAAAAAUGAAACAAGAAGAAAUUGAUGGACAGGCAUUCAUAAUGUUAGACUUACCAAUCAUUAGGGAUUUCUUGCACAUGAAGAAAGAAUUUGCAUUGCAGCUGUGCAAACACAUUACUAGGAUUAGGUGGUAUUACAUAGACAACUUCGAGGACCAUAGUGAAACCUGA